UGACACAUUAUGAUAUUAUUAUCUUAAUAGUAUUUUCACGUGCAGCACACGUUAAGGUGCUAUUCUGAGUUUUUUUAGAUCGAUAAACACUUUUCCCGGACCUGCAGAGUAGAUUGAUCUCCUUCCAUCGCGCGAAAAAAGCUAUUCGAUGCGCCAGGAGGCAACAUAACCGCUUAAAGAAGUCAACUUUUUCUCUGAUCUUGAGACAAAUCAUCAAGAUGGAAAACUUUACAACAGCUCGGGAGCUGAACCACACUUUGGGGGUUUGGACGGACCACAGCCUCCAGUACAAAGUGAUAAGCUGUGUGCUGCUUUUCGUGAUUUGCGUUUUAGGAUUCGUUGGCAACGUUAUGGUCAUCCUGGUGGUGCUCACUACCAAACACAUGAGGACUCCCACUAACUGCUACCUGGUGAGUUUGGCGGUGGCUGACCUGAUGGUGCUGAGCGCGGCUGGUUUACCCACAAUAACAGAGAGCAUCUUCGGAUCCUGGGUGUUCGGACACUACGGGUGCCUCUGCAUCACCUACUUCCAGUACCUCGGGAUCAACGCCUCUUCCUGCUCCAUAACCGCGUUCACCAUAGAGAGGUACAUCGCCAUCUGCCAUCCCAUUAAAGCGCAGUUUCUGUGCACCCUCUCGAGAGCCAAAAAGAUUAUCCUGUGCGUCUGGGCUUUCACUUCCCUGUACUGCGUGAUGUGGUUCUACCUGUCAGACAUCCAGGAGCUGGUGUACGACAACAUCACCAUCAUCACGUGCGGAUACAGAGUGUCCAGGAAGUUUUACCUGCCCAUCUACUUUUUUGAUUACGGAGUUUUCUUUGUGGUGCCGCUGAUGCUCUCCGCGGUGUUGUACGGACUCAUCGCCAGGAUCCUCUUCAUCAACCCGCUGCCCUCCGACCCCAAAGACAAGAAGAAGAACGGACACAACAACCACAGCAACACCAAGAGGACCAGCUGCAAGAACUCCCGCCACUCCAGCUCCACCGCCACCUCCCGCAGACAG